CGCUGUUUUCCUCUUUCUCCUUUUUCUCUUCCAGUUUCCUUCUAGGUUUCCUCGGAAACAAACACACCACCCUACCAAAUUUCGGAACCCGCCUAACUGAAUUGCAUCAAUCUAACUGAUCAAUUAGCGGACAUUCGUUAGUACUCAAAUCCAAAUCCCCAAUCGUUUUAUUUUUUGGGGGAAGAUUUUAGUUUUUUUCCUAGUUUUGUUUUAAAAAAUGCUUGGGCGUUCCUGAAGGAUGUUAGAUUCUGAGGUGAAGAAUGAGGGAUUCUUCCUUGUGGGCCGAAGAUGCGAAUGCACCAUCAACAUCAAGCUCGCCGCAGCAUCCGUCUCGGGGUUCUCAAGCGAGAUCAUGCGGUCACAGCAAUGUCUUUCGACUCUUGGCACAGCGAGAGGUUUCUCCACGAACUAAACAUUCAUUGAGAAAGUUAUGGGGAGAAGAGACAAAGGGUCGUUCUGAUUCCUUUGAGUCAAGGUGUCAGGCAGCAAGAGAUGCUAAGCAUGAUCUGUUCUCAUGGGUAGAGGCAGAAUCACUGUUACAUUUGUCAUCCAAGUACUGUCCUUUGUUGCCUCCUCCUAGGUCAACUAUUGCAGCAGCCUUUAGCCCGGAUGGUAAAAGGCUUGCUUCUACACAUGGGGAUCAUACAGUUAAGAUUAUUGAUUGCCAAACUGGAAGCUGCUUAAAGGUUUUAAGUGGUCAUCGAAGGACACCAUGGGUGGUUAGAUUUCAUCCAUUGUAUCCAGAAAUACUUGCAAGUGGAAGUUUGGAUCACGAAGUUCGCUUGUGGGAUGCAAACACUGCUGAGUGCAUAGGAUCUCGUGAUUUCUACCGCCCCAUUGCUUCCAUUGCUUUCCAUGCCCAAGGGGAUCUUCUUGCUGUAGCAUCAGGGCACAAACUAUUUAUAUGGCACUACAACAGGAGAGGGGAGACAUCCUCGCCAACCAUUAUACUAAGGACACGUCGUUCACUUCGAGCUGUACAUUUUCACCCACAUGCAGCUCCAUUUCUCUUGACUGCCGAGGUCAGUGAUCUCCAGCCAUCUGAUUCAUCAAUGACGGUUGCUACUUCUUUGGGUGAUUUGCGUUAUCCCCCUCCUACUGUAUAUUUGGCAGAUGCUCCUGCCAGUAGUCAGUCUAAUCUGGCUAAUGAAUUGCCUGUUGUGCCUUUACCCUUCUUUAUAUGGCCUUCAGUUGCUAGAGAAAAUGUCAGAACAUCUUUGCAGCAUACUGAUGGUGAUGGGAGUUUGAAUGAUGCCCCACACAGAGGUAGUCAGUCUUCUUCAGUGCGGCUUAUGACGUAUUCAACUCCAAUGGGGCAGUAUGAACUUCUUUUGUCUGCUGUUGAACCAAAUAACUCUUCUUCUCAACAAGAGGAAAGAGGAAGUAAUCCUUUAUCAAAUGAAAUGGAAACUCAAGUUUCUAAUUCUGCAAUGGAGUCGAUGGAGACUAUGGAGGUCCAGCCAGCAGAGAGAAGCAAUCAGUUUUUCUCUUUUGGUGAACCAACCAUUUUGGAGCUAUCGUUCAUGCAUGGAUGGUUGAUUGGCCAGACCCAAGCUGGCCAACGAAUUAUGCAUCUGCCUAACAAUGUUGGCUGUGAGAAUUCACUUCCUUCUGGUGAAACUGGAAGUUCAACUCCAGUGGCUUCUUUGGUAAUGCCCACCACUACUGGGCAAUCAAGAGCUGCAGGAAGAUCAAGUACCAGACAUCGUUCUUCACAUUCUCGCAUACUGUCCUCUAGUGGAUAUGGUGAAGGUUCUGGUAACAAUAACAUGAUGCGAGAGGGAAGUGAUCCCCAACCUGCUAUUAGUAGAGUGCCAACUGAAGUUGCCACAUCACUGGCAGCAGCAGCAGAGCUGCCUUGCACGGUGAAACUAAGAAUAUGGUCUCAUGAUGUGAAAGAUCCAUCUGCUACACUUGAUCCAGAAAGAUGUCGGUUGAUCAUUCCACAUGCAGUGCUUUGUAGUGAAAUGGGUGCCCAUUUUUCUCCCUGUGGGAGGUUUUUGGCAGCCUGUGUUGCCUGUGUACUCCCUCAUGUGGAAGCUGAUCCUGGACUACAAAACCACCUCAAUCAUGACAUAAAUGGAGUAUCAACAUCUCCUACACGACACCCAAUUUCAGCUCAUCAAGUUAUGUAUGAGCUUCGGAUAUAUUCCCUUGAAGAGGCAACGUUUGGUUCAGUGCUUGCAUCACGGGCAAUAAGAGCUGCUCACUGUUUAACCUCUAUUCAGUUUUCACCGACCUCAGAGCAUUUGUUACUUGCCUAUGGCCGUCGUCAUAGUUCAUUGCUCAAAAGUCUUGUUAUUGAUGGAGAGAAAACAGUGCCCAUUUAUACUAUUCUGGAGGUCUACAGAGUCUCUGAUAUGGAGCUUGUCAGAGUUCUUCCAAGUGCAGAAGAUGAGGUAAACGUAGCUUGCUUUCAUCCUUCUGUUGGGGGUGGCCUUGUCUAUGGAACCAAGGAAGGGAAGCUAAGAAUUCUCCAGUAUGAUAGGUCUCUCGAUGUAAAUCAUAUCACACCCAGUUUCACUGAUGAAAAUAUGCUUGAGUUCCCGACAUAUGCAGCUUUGGAAUGCUAACAACCAACAAAGAUUAUCCACCAAUGAAACAUGUGACUCAGCUGAAAUGAUUUUACGCUGUUAUGCUUCAGGAUAAGAUAGCAGGUUUCCAACUGCAUAUUUUUCAGGACUAGAUGCUGAACGUGAGUCUAUUUCCUUCCAUUUCAUCCAAUGUUUAUAAACUGAUCGCAUCUCGUGACUCAAGCCCUCACCUGGUAGCUAGGAGCAAUUUCCAAAUACGAGCUCGUUCUCUUUGUUGUUUACUGUGUUAGUUCAUGCCAUCUCCAUCAUUAGGAAUCUAACUUGGAAGGUAGGUGGACAAGCCAAGAAAAAAGUAGGUCUCGAGAUUGACAUUAUUGUAUUUGUAUCUGCCUUUACGCCUUUCAAUUUGUUAGGAAGGCAUUGUUUACAAGCAGUUGAUUUUACAGGAACAAAAGGGGCCACAGAUAAAAUGGAAAUAUGGUGUUCAAGGCCCGAUAUGUGUAUGUUAAGAAAUUGGGUUUAAGUUUUUUUCUUUUAUUUAUUUGCUAAAAGGAUUGUAGUUGAUGUUUUCUAGUAAACAGUUAGAUGUUCUCUACUUGUUGCUGAUCAAGAUAUAUACUAAAUGACCUGUUAUAUUCUUCUCCUCUGCCUUUUCAAGUUGCCUCAUUGAGUCAUAAGAACACCAUUAAAUUCACAACCAUAAAUCAACUUGGCUAGAGAAAAAUCCUUGCUUAGUAAAUUUGAAUUUUUUGAUGCACAUCAACACUAGCACAAAUGAGUAACAAGAACACCAAUAAAUUUUUUUUUUUUUU